GUAUGUAUUGGGGAAAUGAUCUGUGGAGAAUACAAACAUUGCAAUAUUUCAAUUUCAUUAAUGUGUGUGUAUGUGUGUGCGUAUGUCUGCUUGCUUGUGCUUAAAUGUAUUGGUAGUGGUGGGUGCUUUUGUCAUUGUGAUAGUAUCAAAGAAUCCAGCUUAGAAUUACCUUUACAAAUUGUUGGCGAAGAAAAGUGUUCAGUCGAGACCGAGCUCAUCCGCGAGUUAGUUGCUUUUUCUCAAAACAAAACAUUCAAAAUGGCCGAUGUACCAAAACGUGAUCAAGAAAAUAUCGAAUUCGUAUUCGAAGUAUUGGGCUCCGGCGAUCUAGGCAUUGAUGCUUACGAUUUGGGUGAUGCUCUUCGUUCCCUCAACUUGAACCCCACUUUGGCUUUGAUUGAAAAGAUGGGUGGCAGCAAGAAGAAGAAGGAGAAGUACAUCAAGUUCGAUGAAUUCCUUCCCAUCUACUCUCAAGUCAAGAAGGAAAAGGAACAAGGUUGCUACGAAGAUUUCAUUGAAUGUUUGAAAUUGUACGACAAACAAGAAAACGGCACUAUGCUUUUGGCUGAAUUGCAACACGCCCUCCUCUCUUUGGGUGAAAACCUCGAAGAUGAACAAGUCGAAACUCUCUUCGCUGACUGCAUGGACCCCGAAGAUGAUGAAGGCAUGAUCCCCUACUCCCAAUUCAUCCAAAGAUUGAUGAGCGAUCCCGUCGUCUUCGAAUAAACGCAUUUCUUGCCAGAAUGUGUGACAGACCCGAUAUGCUAUAAAUUUUUAUUGACCAUCUGUUUAAAAAUUAUGUAGCUACCAGAAAAUAAAAAACCAUUCUCCAUCGAUGUUAUUCGAAAAACAACAACACAAAUAACCAUCACUACUCUCUCUCGUAAUAAUUAAUUUUAAUAAUUUAAUUAAAUUAAUUAAACAAAUCAAAAUCAAAAAACCAAAAAAAGAAAGAAAGAAGAAAGAAUACCAACCAAAAGCAAAACAAAAUCAAAUUUUAUUUUGAUGAAAAUCAUGAAAAGCAACUGCAAGAACAUCACUAAAGUUACAGCUAAUUUGCGCUAAACACCAGCAAAUCUCUGAACAUUUUCAUUUUUUUCUAAGAACUUUUUUUAAGAAAAAUAAAUCAAAUCUUAAGAAAACAAUAUUUUAUUAUAAUUUUAACAAACACACAAACACAAAAAACUUAUAUGAAACAUGAUAAAGAAAAAAAACCUCAAAAAAAAGAAGAAAAAUUUAAAAAAUUAUUCUGUUGUUCAUUUUUUUCAAAGAGAAAAAAUUAAAUUAAAAUACCAUUUUAAUAAAAACUGAUAUAGUAAACCAAAAAAAAAAAAAAACAAUAUAACAGAGAAGCAAAAAUACAGCCAGCAAAAAAAAAAAGGAAAAAACAACAACAGCAGCAGCGUAGGCAACAAAGGACAACAUGUUGUUUGGUUUUAAGAAGUAGCAGAAGAACUCUUAUUUCAGCAACAAAGUUUAAAAGGGUCUGCAAAUGACCCUUUAGACAUUAGGAAAUUUUCCAAUUUUUCCUUUACAUAAAGCAUUCACACUUACACAGGCUUCUCGAUACAAGCUCUAGCACUAUGAAAAAAAAUCCUUCACCACAACUCACACACUCACUCACAUACACAAACCCAAACAGUCUUUGAAAUCCAGCCCCUACUACUCGUAACAAAAGAAAAAAACAACUCGUUUCUUACAUCAUUUAAAGGCCAUUUUGAAAAAGCGUUAAAAAAGAACUGCAAAAUAUUGCAGCCUAAUCGGAUUUUUCAACAUCUUCUCAACCUAUUCGAUUAGUUUGUCAAAAUUUUGCUAUCUUUUUGUCACGAGAAAGUUAACAUCAGGGCUGGCUUUUGUGAAGGGUUUAGCUUUUAUUUCAACUUACAUUAGAUUUUCUAAUUUAAUAAAAUUUCUGAAUAAAAACAAACUCGAAACACUUCAA